AAAAAGAAUACUUCAGAAAAUAACAGGUUGUCUCCUCUUUAUAAUCAUUAGCUGAUCCAAUAUUUCAUUAAAGGGAUUGUUUGCCCACACAGUAUCCGUCUUAUAUAUCAAUACAAUGAAGACGACUUUUUACUGUUACUGCUUUGAUCCCUUACAAGCAUUUUUCGAUUUACAAGUUUUCAAGUUAACAUAGAAGCCUGUCAGCUUCUCUUUGUUUACUUGUUUAUGUUUUCUCCUGUUUGAAAGAUUGUGAUAAACCAAAAUUGAAAAAGAAAGUUGUCUUCAUUGUAUUGAUAAAUACGACGACGACGGUAUUUCAAAAUACACAUGAUGUCCAUUCCUGCGCUCUGUGACACCCUUGCGUUGUAAUAUAGACUUCGUUGCUGUAAUGAAUUAAAUAAUUACGGUAUUUUUAGUAUUUUAUAUGGAUGAACUAUUCUUUAAAGCAGCAUGCCACAGGUUUUGAUUAACAUCCAACAAAUUAUCAGCAAAAAUAAUAUAUAAUAUAUCCUUGAAUAAUAAUAUCAUUGGUCAAGAAACCUAUUUACUUAACAAGUAUAGUUAACUAUGAAGCAUAAAGAAUAAAAAGGAUUGUAAGAAUGUAAGAACCAAGUUUGUAUCAUAAAAAACUCGAACCUAAAAAAUCAUUAGUGGAGGGAAAAGGGGUGAUCAAGUUGUUCAAAAAUAUUUCAAAACUUUAUAUGCCACCAUUUGCGUCUUGGUAAUCUACAGGCUUUCUUUAAUAACAAAACCAUUAUCUCUUUUUGUUGAAAUAAUAGUUAUGGGAAAUUUUUAAAAAAACAUUUCCCGUUUUUUUUACAACGAUUCCAUUAUCACUUCUUCCCUCCCAAGUCCCAACAUAUCCUAGUUUCUGUCUAUGAAUUUGACCUUGUGAUAUUUUUUGUUAAUUUCUUCUUUUUCAGAUAAAAAUGCGGAUUACACAAGUUCUCCUCCGAAAGAGAAAGAUGAUUACAAAGCCCCAAUCCUAUGUAAGGAAUUGGCAAUGGAACAAUUCCUGGUAUCUGCAGCAAGAGAGACCUGUAAAAAACUAUAAAAUUAAAGAGGCUCUAUUAGAAAGAAGUAUACCAGUAUACACAGCUGAUGAAUUGAUUUCUCCUUUCCUUCCAAUGGCAGACAAUCUUCCAAGCAAUGAAGAGAUGUUUGAUGACACUAGAAAGAAAGAACUGAAACGAAAUGAAGAUCAUCCAUAUUGGAAGGUAAAACUAAUUAAUACUGAGAUUUUUGCAAAGGCUGUUUUUAUAGUUAUGAAUAAUAAAAAUGUAUCAUUUUAA